CUAGCAUUUAACCUUUUCAUUACAUUAUCUCGGCUAAAAAUAGGACGAAAAUAUUUUUAUUAUCAUUUUCCUUCAACAUGGAUUUAACUCGUGAUUUUAUCAAGGAUAAUAAAUCAUAUUUAGCAGCAGGAGCUGUUGUCGUUGGAGCUACUUGUUUCCUGUAUAAGCGAUGGAGGAAACGUACAAGGAUAUGCGGAGUAGACUACCCAAAAGACACAGUGAUAUUGCAUGUGUUUCCCGGAAACAAGUAUAUUCCGAAUAUGGGGCAUUUUGUUAUGAAGCUAGAAACCUACCUGAGGAUCAACAAAAUUCCGUAUCAGCUUGAUUUUAAUUACCAAAACGGACCAAAGAAAAAAGUUCCAUGGAUAGAAUACAACGGUGUAACUAUGGGAGACUCCCAACUGAUUAUUGAAUAUCUGAACAAACAGCUGAAUAUAGACAUGAACAGUCAUCUUAGUAAACAAGAGCGUGCCAUAGCAUGGGCUGUACAAAAAUGGCUAGAAGAAUACACCUAUUGGUUAAACGUUUUUACCAGAUGGGUUAUAGGUUGGGACGACAUGAUGCGUUAUGUUAAUGCUACAAAACUGAUGGCACUGUUUUAUACAAUAUUUAUGAAACGUCAAGCGGUUAAAUAUCUAUAUACAGUGGGUGUCGGUCGUCAUAGUAACGAGGAAAUACAGGAGAUGGUUGUAAAAGAUUUGAAACAGUUUUCGGAAGUUCUAGGGGAUAAAAGGUUCAUCAUGGGAGAAACAAUAACCGAAACAGACUGUGCAGCAUUUGGAAUUAUUUCGCAGAUACGUUGGUGCACUCCUGAAAAUUGUCCUGGACAUAAGCUUCUACAAAGUGACGAACUCAAGAAUGUAACUGCAUAUCUUGAUAGAAUCAAGGACACCUAUUGGGCAGACUGGGACGAUAUACUUGCCGCCGCUGGGAAGAAAGGAAUUAAAAACAAUUAUUAAUCAUUUACAAUUGCAAAAAGUUUGCGUCUGUAAUGUGUACACAAUGUUUAUCUAUCACUUAAUAAAUAUGAAAAGGAAAUUUAUCAUCAAAAAGUGAUGAAUGUGGAUUAAUGACAAUAAAGUCUUGCAAGGGGGUUUAUUAUUAUAUCCAUUGUCAACGCGACCAAUUUACUUUUGUAAAUGCGUACUAAUAAAUUUUAAACAGCGUA